CUCAUAUGUUUUAAAAUAAGAAUUUUUUAACUAUAAGCCAUAGAAAUGCGUCUAAGGGAUAGAAGUCAUAAUGGAAUUGUAGACAUUUUUUUAAGCUAUCUUCGGAACGUAACUUUUAUACUAACUGUUCUAAUUGCGAUCCUGUGCAUCACCAUUGUCAUCCUAUGGGGUGCUUAUAGAUAUCCGCCUGGGAUGAGAAAUUUUUCCGGCUAUGUCCUUUUUACUCAUGGCGCACCAGCAUUAACGGUCGUCUUUUGGGGUUUGGUGAUUGACUAUUUGUUGAAUGAAGAACCUCCUCCAAAGCUGCAAUUCAUUUAUACCACUUCGGGAAUUGCACUGUUCGCUGUUGUUGGGGUUCAUCAAUUUUUCAAUUUGGAUGACUACACUGGACUCAAAGCACACAUCACCUUCGGGCUCCAUGUUGCAGUCUUAGUGUUACUUAUCGUCCACUUCGUUCUACUAAUUAGAAGAUACUCUAAACAUAUGGACCUGGAGGAGCGGCCAUAUGUAAUAAGGGUCUCGAGAGGCGGCGUGCCUGUUUACAGAUGAAAAAUAAUGUAAUGAUGGCCUUCGUUAUGUACAUUG